GUUUUUUUUUGGACGACAUGGUUUCUAACGAAGAAUUACGAAGUGGUGCGGCUGAAUGGUUGCUGACCAUAGAAGGAGGCGGCCGCCGGUUGCAGGAGGUUGUGGAUAGUUUGUGUUCGAGCCAUGGUCAUCAGUUAGGGGCUGCAGGGGGGACAGUCACACUACAGCCAUGGCUGGAGGACAUGAUGCAGAGUAUGCUUGAAGUCAUUUGGGAGUUGGAGGAGGGGCCGGCUCCUUCGCUUGAUGACUUUGUGGAUUGCCAUCAAGCUGGCCCGCGCAUGCACAGGUGCUACGACAUCUUUAGGAGCGGCCAGGAUCGCUGUGCAGCCUUGGAGGCGAGAUUGUCGCCUGCGACAAUGAAUGGAGAGAGCAGAGGCAACAACAGCUUCAGCAUCAACAUCGAUUGUAACAACUGCAACGACAACGACAUCAUCGACAGAGGUGGUGGUGGUAACAACAGCGACGACAACGUCAACAAUAACAAUGAUAGAAACAUCAUCAACAACAACAACAAUAACAACAACAACAACCUCACGAUUGUCAACUAUAGCUUUCUUGGUGUCAUGAAAGACAACUGUGGAGACGACAUCGUUAGCAAAGGGAUUGACGUUGGAGGUGGUGAGAACAUCAAUGAAAACGGCGACAAUAGCGACAAUAAUAACUUCAACAUCUUCAACAACAACAACAACAACAUCAACAAACAUCUCAAGAAUAUGAACCACAGUUUUAUUGUUGACGACAACUGCGGAGACGAAAUCGACAGCAAAGGGAUCGACGACAAUAACUGUGGAGAUGAAAUUGACUGUCAAAAGAUCGACGAUAAUAACGGCGCUAUUGGGAUCGGCGGCACUGCUGGCAACAAUAGCACCGACAGGAUUAACAGCAACAAUAACUACGGUUAUGGCGAUGAGGCCAAGGAUGUUAAGGACAAUUUGGAGAUCGAUCGCGGGUGCAGGGGGAUGCCCAGAGUUGUUGGUUGGCAGCGGAUGGGCGUGGGUUAGUCGGCGGGGAGUGGAGUUGUCCAGUCCGCAACUCCAAUCAGGCAGGGGUGGUGGCCCCUCUGGUGGCAGGGGGAAUGUUUAGGGUUUUUUCCUGUUUUUGACAUCCCUGGCUUGUGUUUGAUAAUUACUAUACUAUGUUUGAUGAUUGUUUCCCAGGAUAGUUUGCUGAGGAGACUUGUCAUUACGGUUAGGGUUGGGGUUGUCGGGAAAUGAUUGUGGUUUCUGACUCUGUUGUGAUCCCCCCCCCCCUUGUUCGCUGAUGAACAGUCUACCUAUCGGUGGAUGGGUGGAGCAUGGUAGGGUAAGGAAGGCACGGCCUAUGAGCAGUUAAUCCCCUCUUACGAGGGCAAUCAAUGCUGGUCAUCAUC